AAUAUUUCGAAUAUCGUCGUGCAAUGUACGCUUAUUUAUUUAUCGCUUUUCUGACAACCGUCAGCUCUGUGCCUAAUAGUGGCGAUGGAGAGGCAGUGGCUAUUGAACGUGUAACAACAUGCACGAAACACAACAACUCUGAAGGAUUAAUCACGAUACAUGAAGAUGCACAAUAUAAUCUUAACGUUAUAUUAACUGAUUACAAAGAAGAGAACAUAGAAGUAAGAGCAAAGAAGGAAACACUUGGAUUAAUACUGCACUGCAAACAUGCUAAUGGAACCGAGUAUGGUGUGGAAUACUACACAAGGUUGCCUGCAUAUGUUAGCGUUAAUGGCACCUGGAUAUACGAGAACAACAUCCUGACUAUUACAUUUCCGAUUAAUAAGGAAGCAUCAGACAAUGGAAUUCAACAAAUUAAUAAAAGCAACGAAAAAUUACCUAUUCCUACGCAACAACAACAUACGAGUAAUAUUGAAGAAGAUGAUUCAGACAUAUCCAACCCAGUGGCGCAACGGUUUCCUACCUGGUGGAAGGAACUCUCGAAAAGUGAAUUUGAAUAAAUUUUAAACUUAUAGAAGAUUUGUGUUAAUAAUAUGAAAUUGAAAGAUAUUUUUCAAGAAGCCCAAUCUCUUCGAAGGAUUGAAUGCUGUAGAUGUUUUCAAUAAUCUGUUUGUUAUUUACUUUCAUUUUGAAGUUUAAUGUUUUUCUUAGUU